AUGUCGAAGGCAGCUGUAAACACCACCCCAAAUAAACAGGACAGUAACCAGUUCAAGAAAGAAAACAGAACACCAAAUGCUAGUGCGCAGAAAGAUGACAAAAGGCAGUCAUCUGAUAAUUUCACAAAUCAGGGAGGACGCGGCCAUCAUAGCCAACAGCAUGGAAAUCAACACCAGAACCAGAGCCACAACCAAAAUCAGAACAGAGACAGAUCGGGGAAUCGAAAUGACAGUCACCAGUACGAUAGAAAUGCUACAGAAAACAAGUCAAAUGACAAGGAUGACAAAAGUUUGGCAGAGCCAGCUGCAGCUACCGAAAAGAAAUUCACUGGCAGAUGCAGACUUUUUGUCGGCAACCUCACUCCAGACGUGACAGAGGAUGAAUUCAGGAAGAUGUUUGAGCCUUAUGGCGAAGUUUCAGAAAUGUAUGUCAAUACAGGAAGAGGUUUUGGCUUCAUCCGAUUGGAUUACAGACAGAAUGCAGAAGCAGCCAAAGCUGCGCUAGAUGGCCUUCAGAGAAAGGGUCGCGUACUUAGAGUGCGCUUUGCCAGUCACGGUGCUGCUUUGAAAGUGAAGAAUCUCCAUCCUUAUGUGUCCAAUGAACUUCUAGAGCAGUCCUUUUCACAGUUUGGCGAUCUUGAGAGAUGUGUUGUUAUAGUGGAUGACAGGGGGAAGCCAACAGGCGAUGGCAUUGUUGAAUUUGUUCGCAAGCCUGGAGCCAAUUCUGCACUGAGGCGCAUUACAGAGGGAGUGUUUUUGAUGGGAGCGGAUCCAAAACCAAUUGCUGUUGAGCCUCUGGAACAGAAAGAUGAAGAAGAUGGUUUGCCAGAGAAGUUCCUGACAAGGACUGACCAGUAUAAAAAGGAAAGAGAAAAAGAGCCGAGAUUUGCUCCCCCUGGAACCUUUGAGUAUGAGUUCGGCAUGAGAUGGAAGCAGAUAGAAGACAUAGAGAAGCAGCGCAUUGAGCAGGUCAAAAAGGACACGGAGGAAGCUCGUCUGAAGCUGGAAGAUGAAAUGCAGAAUGCUCUGUAUGAGUACCAAGCUGAACAGAUUAGACAAGAUCUGCGUCGUCAGCAAGAAGAACUGCUGCGCCUUGAAGAGCUGAGAAACCAGGACAGAAUGAGAAGGCAGCAAGAACAUGAAAUAAGGCGCCAGCAGGAAGAGCGUGAAAGGGCGCAGCAGGAAGAGCGCCGCCGAGCUGAUACCAUGAUGCUGAUGAGACAACAUGAGAUGGCCAGAGGAAGACCAAUGGAUAUUUCUGGAAUGCGCGGGAGAGAUGAAAUGAUGAUGGUUGACCGCUAUGGAGACCGCAUGGGAGACAGAAUGCCCGAUCGCAUGCCCGACCGCAUGGGAGACAGAAUGCCUGAGCGUAUGGGGGAGAGAAUGCCAGAUCGCAUGGGAGACCGAAUGCCUGACCGCAUGGGAGACAGAAUGCCCGAUCGUAUGGGAGACAGAAUGCCCGAUCGCAUGGGCGACCGAAUGCCCGAUCGCAUGGGAGACAGAAUGCCUGAUCGCAUGGGUCCAGGUGGCCAACCAGGAUUUAUGUGGGAUGACAAACAGCGAGCAGAGGCUGGCAUGAGAGGUGACGCAGGCCGUGGUCGAGGGUCUGGAGCACCGCCCCUACAGCCUCCACCUGUACCACCCUCAUCAGUGAAUUUGGAACGAGGAGGAGGGCCCAUUGCUCCUGCUGCUGCUGGUGGUGCAGCUCAGGGUAGAAAGUCAUCUAGUCCCAAACCUCUUAUGCAGGGAAGUGGGUUUGGCGGUGGGCCAGGAGGUCCCACUGGAACAGGACCUGGUCCCAACACUCAGAGUUCUUCAGAUGUCAAUGCUGGG